GUGUAAAACAAAUUGCUCUGGCAAACAAGGAAACAACAAUAAUUGUUAGAGCAUGAGACUCUUAAUCUCAGGGUUGUGGGUUUGAACCCCACAUUGGGCAAAAGAUUCCUGCACUGCAGGGGGUUGGACUAGAUGAUCCUCAUUGUCCCAUCCAACUCUAUGAUUCUAUGAUUCAGUUGUACAUGCUUCGAUUGAAUUAUAGUAAGGCUUGGAAACUAGAUGGCCAUACCAGUUCCGUUUUCUUCCUGUACACAUCUCCAGUGAGCCAGCACUUUCAUGUUCCGCAUUUGAAACAUUUCUUCUCAUUUUGUAAGUAGCUGAAUUUCCGAUGCAGCAAUGCACAUAUUUCACAGUGUCAAUUUACCCAUUUUGCUCUCAAACUCACUGGGAGCAGUUACACAACAAGGAGGAUGUUUUCUCUGAGGCUUGUAUCAACACUGCUCCUUUUCUUCAGCCAAGACCAAAGGGUGACACCUUACUCAUUUGAGAAAUGUGAGGUGCAUGAAGUCUUGGGGAACAGAACAAAAGUUCUGUGCUACAACAGGAGCUUGAAAAAUGUCCCAACCCACCUACCUGGCAAAGUUGAUGCUUUGGACUUGUCUGAGAAUAAAAUCAGAAGUCUGUGGAGGACUGACUUCAGAAACUUGGGUCACCUUCAAGUUCUGAACAUUUCUCAGAACAAAAUAGAACACAUCGAAGGAGGUGCUUUCAUACACACAAGGUACCUGGAGUUCUUGAACCUCACUGCAAACCGGCUGACUCUUCUCUCCAGCUCCAUGUUUGAUGGGCUUACAAAUCUCACGGUCUUGAUGCUUGGCAGCAAUCAAAUACUCAAGAUUGAACCUUAUGCCUUUGCCCAUUUGGAGAAAUUAAAGGUAAUUGAUUUAUCUUCAAACAGAUUGUAUACCAUGAAUGCUAUGCAUGCUGUGUUUAAAGUGGCAUCCUUGGAGGAACUGCACAUCAAAGACAAUGAUCUGCAGAAUUUCUCAACCAAACAGAUCAUUAGUGUACCUGAGCAGCUUCGUGAACUGGAUGCAUCUCAUAACCCCAUUUCUCUCAUUGAUGUUACAACUUCAGUUUUACAAAGCCUUUCUUCACUUGAUUUAUCCUUCUCUAUCCCUAAUAUCUCCAUUAUAUGGUUGAUACAAGACCCUUGCUUCUUAAAAGGCUUAAAGACAUUAUUUUUAGGAGGUAUAGCUAUGAAACCACCAGCUAUCUCAGAGGUGCUCCAAAUGAUCAAUUGCACCUGGCUAGAGGCUAUCCACCUAAACCAGUUACACCUGACUGAAACAGAUGGACUUAUAGAGCAGGUAUGUCUAAGGCAUGGAAAUGUUGAGACUCUUAACUUACAGCACAAUUCGUUCACAAGUGUUAAUGAAGGAGCCUUUGAAAACUGCACACAUCUAAGGUAUCUGAAUAUGGCAUUUAACAAGCUGAAAGUGCUGCCAAUGACACUGUUUCAGUCCUUGCAUUCUUUGAAACUUCUUUCUUUGGCAAACAACAAGUUCACUAUGGUGCCAAAUGCUACCUCUAACAUGGCAUCAUUAGAAUGCCUGGAUCUUAGUUUUAACAAGAUCUAUAGAAUUCUUCCAGAUGACUUUGCCCAUCUAAAUAAUUUGAAGAGUCUCUAUGCCACUGGAAACUGUAUCUCUCAUGUCCAUUCAAAUAUCUUUGGUGACCUACACAGCUUGCAAGAACUGAAUCUUGAAAUAAAUCUUUUAACAGAAAUCAACGAACCUUUCCCAGAAAGCUUAAAGAAUCUGGAAACCCUGAUACUAAGGCAAAAUAAACUGGAUUCGAUAAAAAAAGAUGUUUUUAAGAAUCUUACUUCUCUGCUGGUUCUUAACCUGGCAGACAAUCAGAUUGCUGCUAUAGAACCUGGAGCCUUUGAAGGUUUGAGUAACCUGCACAGCCUUGUUCUUGGUAGCAACAAGAUCACCAAAGACACUUUCCAGGAAGGGCUAUUUCAAGGUUUAAGCUCUUUAGUAGACCUAGACCUUUUCAACAAUUAUAUCAGUUACAAGUCCUCCAAAAUGCUUGUCAAUCCUCCCUUUAAACUGUUGAAGUCCUUAAACAAAUUUAAUAUAAACAGCCAACGUCAUAACGGACUUGAAAACUUUCCAGUUAACUUCUUACAAGGACUGGAGUCCAUUGUGCAAAUCCACGCAGGCAACUUGGCAAUAUCUUUUUUGGAUCCCAAGACUUUUAAAUAUACCCCUACGCUUGAAGAGCUUGAUUUGAGUGAUAAUUCUCUUAACAAUGUCAGCAAUAUGCUCUUCUGGCCUGUACCAAACCUGAGGGAACUGCACCUCAAUAAAAACGGACUAAAUUCACUCAGCUUUGUUUCCCAUGGCAACCUUUCCAAGUUAACUCUUUUCAGAGGAGCUGAAAACCAAAUAGACGUUAUCACAAAAGAACAAAUAAGAGCUUUGCCUGCCCUUCGUUUUCUAGAUCUCAGGGAAAAUACGUUUGCCUGCUCCUGUAGUAAUGAAAUGUUCCUCAACUGGUCACUAAAGGAUCCUAAAACUCAGGUGCUCCAUUUCUACCAGUACAUCUGUGCUUCCCCUUCAACACAAAAGGGGCAGAAAUUGUGGACCUUUGAGACGUCUUCUUGCAUAAUUGACUAUGGGUUUAUCCUGUAUAUCACAAACACAUCUGCAGCAAUUUUACUGAUGCUCAUCUGCUUCAUUUAUCAGUGGAGGUUGCACAUGAUCUACAGUUACCACCUACUACUUGCAUACUUCAUUGACAAGAGGGAAAAAAGGAAGGAGCGAGCCGUGGGUUAUGCUUACGACGCUUUCCUUUCUUACAACACACACAAUGAAGAGUGGGUGAUAAAUGACCUCCUGCCAGUGCUAGAAAACCAAUAUCAUUGGAAGCUCUGUCUUCAUCACCGAGACUUUGAGCCAGGACGGUCCAUCCUGGAAAAUAUUGUAAACAACAUCUACAUGAGCAGGAAAACCAUUUGUAUCAUAAGUCGCCACUACCUGGAAAGUGAGUGGUGCUCCAAGGAGAUCCAGGUGGCCAGCUUUCGCCUUUUUGAUGAGCACAAGGAUGUCCUGAUUCUCAUUUUUCUGGAGGACAUUCCCAGUGAGUACUUAUCACCCUACCAUAGAAUGAGAAAACUUAUUAGGAAGAAGACAUAUCUCAAAUGGCCCAAGGAUGAGAAGGAUAUUGCAUUGUUUUGGCAAAAGCUCGAUAUGGCUAUGAAGACAGGUGAAGGAAAAGAAGAGGAACACCCCAUUUUGCCUAGAUUUGCUUCGGAUGAAGUUCCAUAAAGGAAGUAGUCUGUGGGGGGAAAUGCCUUGUAUGUAUAUUAUACCUCAUUUAUAUAGUGGCAUUACAAACAAAUAACAACAAUAGCCACUGGCACUGACAGCCACCAUUCUGUCCCCAUCAGGUAUGUUUCACAAGGCCAGUUGCGAUGAAACUUUUUCUUUCAUGGAAUAAUAGAUGUGGAAAAAAUAUAGCUGGAGAGUGUGGCAUUCAGUGGUGGUGGGGACAUGGUUUGAGCAGGAUACGAGAUUCCUGCAAAUCCAAACUUGCAAUCUGAUCCUAUGCAUACUUACUUAGAAGCAAUUGCCACUAUGUUCAAUGGUCUUACUCCCAUGUAGUUUGCAUAGGAUUACAGGCUGCAAUCCUGUACAUCUGAGUAUAAUCCCCAUGAACACAGUGGGACUUACUUCUGAGUAAACCUCCACCUCUCUGGGUGGGCAGGCGAGGAAAGGACAUGUGUAGCAAUCGUCUGGCGACUGUAGGUGGUGGGUAAAUAAUAUCUAAACAAUGACACUCCUAAACUGCCAUCGUACCAUAUGUUCCUAGACCAUAUUUUGUUCUAAAAGGAGACCCACCCACAGAUACUCACAAAAGAUUGAAAGUAGAAUAAAAUGGGAACUAGAGUUACAAAAGAAUCACAUUGCCAGCCAGCAUGACAAUGCCAAAAUAAAAUUAACAAAAUCCUUUCUGUUCCUGUAUGGAAUUAUGAUAUACAGGAGGGCAUAUACUUCAGGUUUUUAAUAAACCUUUUACUAAAGUUAUAUCUUCAAAAAUAUUUGGCUGCACACACCUUUAUUUACCAAAGUCUGCUGUUGUUCUUGUUGUUCUCUUCUGUUGAGAGAUGAAUGUGCCGUGCAAUUAAUUCUCAAGCAUACCACCAUGUUCUCCUUCCCUCCUCUUGUCAUCUCUGAUAAGUGCCAUUUCCCCCCAGCUAUGGCUAUAGUGCCGCCUGCUUUAAUUGCAUGGGAUCCACCAUGAAGCGCUCUAGAGUAGAAGCAAUCCUGAAAAAGGAACACCCAGGUGUAAAUGUGAUACAGAAGAUCCAAGCAGGGGUAGAAAGGUAAAACAUCACAAGGGCAAAUGGUUAGGCGACCAAACCUAUGCUCUGGGAUCUUCCAAAACAAGGGGUGUGGCAAUAUUGAUUGGAAAAAGAAACUUUGUCUAAGAGUCAUAAAAGCUACCUGUUUGGAUCUAACAAUAAUUCCUAAUCAGCAGGGAUGAGAGAGGGGUGAAAAUCUCAUGCUACUUUCUGCAUAUUUGGGGUAGAUAUAUUGCAUAUAAUCUGUAGUUUCUGGAGGCAGAAAGUAGGUCUAGUUGAACCAUAUGCACUACAAAGCACUUAUUCCAAGCUGCUUUGGGGAUAAAUUCAAGCUGAUUGCACAGCUCCUGGUCUAUGGAAUUCCCCUCGCACCAUAGGAACCAACUCCUAGGGGCCAAGGUCCCUUCAGCCCCCCCAUAAAAUAUUUGAGGGGGCCACCCCCCAAGUUGAUGGGCAUUGCCAUUCAAAUGGUGUGGGUGUGGCCCAUCAUGUGACUAAGUAUGUGGGGCAGGGCUUACCUUCCCCCCCCCCAAUAGUUUGUUCAAAUUGGCACCCCUGCUUCCCACAAAGGUGAAUCUGGCACAGUCGUUAUAUAGUUUGGAAACUAUGCUGAAGAUGCACUGCUUUACCUUGGCCUCUGACACUUGAGAUAUGUGUUUUCAGCUCCCACCCUAUUCCUGUGGCUGUAAUUUGUUUCAACUCUUUUUAAUAUUGAAUUUUAAAUUGUUGUAACUCACCCUGGGACCUGCUGGGGGAAGGGCAGGUAAUAACAACUGAUGCUGCUUAACGAUUUUGCUGUUUCAUAUUAACUUUUACCAGUUUCAUUUCUGUGUAAUGCUUUUUGUUUAUAUUGAGCUGCAUUUUUAAAGUUUCAAGCCUC